GUUGACAGUAGUGCCCGGAGCCCGCUGCGACGCUGCUGUUUCAGUCGGAGGCGCAGGAGAGGGAGGGAACGCGGGACGGAAGCAGCGGAGGCGAGGCGAGGCGAGGCAGAGAGCGGGGCCGAGGAGGAAUUGAGCUCGCUCCGAGGCGCUGGAGGCAGCAGCUUAUUAGCGAGCGAGCUAGUCUGAGUGCUAUGGCGCCGCCCUCUUCGUGAGAUCAAGAGAUUGAGAGCAGAGUUCGAGAGACUGAGACAGUAAGCGAUUUGCUCCCUUUCCUUCGAUUCCCAUCUCCGGAGACCAAACCACUGUCGAUAUCGUAACGCGUGCAGUGUGAUCACCACAAGAAGAAGAAGAAGAAGAAGAGAAGAAGAAGACGGAGACGAGAGUCCUCUGCGGGCGAUUUUGGUCGUGCAGAUAUCUUUGAUCGCGCUGUUGCUGUGGAUACUGUAAUUGUCCCUUCUCGAUGUAGAGUUGUUACGACCGUGGUUCUUCCGGGCGUGGUGUGAGAGUGAGUGAGUGAGAGCCGGCGACGAGAGUUUUUUGACUCUUCCGACUCUUCUGGCUUUGGAAUUUCCUGGAAGGCUGAUCAGCGUGUUUCGUAUUCAUCCCGCGGAGUCGUUUGUUGUGCAUUUGAGUGGCGUGAAUUGGGCGCUGUUGGCAAGCGAAUGUUGUAGAUCGUGUGGCUGUAAAAGGCGGGAUCUGGUUGUGGAUAUCGGCUUUGAGUGCGCAUUAGAUUUGGAAAUGUGCAAUAGUUUCCGCUGUGGAGGAAUUUGAAUCAGGAAGAAUUGGGCGCAGGAUUGGGCUAUCAUGAAUUUUGGGAAUGGGACAUGAGACGGGGAGGACGCAAGUGUUUUGAGCGAAGACUGGUGAAGGACCGGACAUUUGCUGGAUCGCAAGUUAGUACGAUGCUUCAAUAGCAGUUUGUGUCGGGGAUGAAUUUUGCUGUCAAUGAAGUCAGAUUGCCGAGGAAAUUGAAGGUGCAAGGGUUGAGUGGCGUUCCCGGUGGGGAUAGUAAAACUCUAGGGUUCUUUCGCACAGAAAGAUCGAGGCACAGAGUCAAGUUUUAGACAGGGCUCUUUGAACGCUCAACGAGCAGCAGGAGGAGAACGGGUGUAAGCGGAUUUUAGCGGUAGGUAGUCCAACUCUCUUGAUUCCUACUUCAAUCGGACUGUUAGCGGCAGAUUUGCCUCGAACGUUCCCCUGUUUCUUUCAAUCCAGCUGGCCAUGUUUUCCACCAUUGAGCUGCUCGGAGCUGCGGUACAGUAGAAUUGAUAGAAGAAAAGUAUGAAAGAGCAAUCAGCAGAUGAUCUCGGGAUAACGAGAGCAGGGAAGACGACUGCCCAAGCGCAGAAAGAUCUACGGAAAAGUGAAGAUAUCACGCGCAAGAGGCAACUUUGAACAGAUCGGCGCUGAUUCAAAGAAACGCUGUGUCAGUCCCUCCCAGCCGAGAGUCAAGAGAUGAUGAGAUCAAGGGCAAACAAGUGCUCGCGAGGUCGCAGCAGCAGUUUUACAAAAGAGGAAUCUGCAAAGCCUGAUCGAGUCGCAAAGGAUGCUAUGGAUGCAUAAGUUGAUCCCUCUAUCGUGAAAUCUGACUUGAGAUCAUUGAUGUUUAUCCCUGUGGGAGUCCCACUGGCCUUGUGGCCGGCCCGAGGAUUACAGGAGGUCUUAUGAUUGAUCAUGGCAGCGGUAUCUUGAGUUCCUUGUGAUCAGAGCCGCUUUUCAACCUAGCCCUCGGAUGGUAGAUCCUUACUUUGUAAAAGUAGCGAGUGGCAAAUCAAAGGUUUAUGACAAUUUUUGACAAUAGGCUGAGAAGCUAGUCGACACAACGAGUAGCCAAUGUUGUAGAUAGGAGGGAACGUAUCAUGGGCAAGGCGAGGUCAAGUGUAAAGUAGGUAGAAGAAGGCUCAUGGCUAAUGGACGCAUCAAACACACUAAAUGAAUUAGUGGAGCGGCUACGCUCAUGGAUUCCACGCAGAGGUGAAGCCCCGGCUUUAACGAUGUCCCGGGACUUUUGGAUGCCUGACCGCAGCUGCCGCUUAUGCUAUGAAUGUGAAGCUCCGUUCACUAUAUUUAAUCGCCGUCAUCACUGCCGCCUCUGCGGACGUGUUUUCUGUGGAAAGUGCUCUUUCAACACCCUUCCUGCCUCAGUAGAUGGGCUUCAAGGUGUCCAGUCAGAGGAAGGAGAUCGUGUGCGCGUUUGUAACUUUUGUUACAAUAAUUCUGAACAAGCUAAACAAGCUAGUACCCCAACCGGGCAGACUCCCACAUUGACUCCAUCAUCAUCAGGGCGGAGUUUGGCUAGUAGUGCUAUUGGGGCAGGUGCACCAGUUGUUUCAACAAUUGCACCCGAGCAAACCCUUUCUGGUGGAUCCAGUAACCGACAACUUUUUCCGGAUGUAGCACACGACGCAUCUCCAGGAAAGAAGGACAAGAUGAGAAAUUACCAGAAUGGUUCGAGGGCCCAUGGCAGUAUUUUACCUAGGGCAAGGGAUCAACCACCAAGCCCUGGAAGCAACAGGAGCGAUGACUUUGAUGAAAAGGAAAACUAUGAAGGUGAUCCGAGUCACACCCGUCCUAGUUUACAAGAAGAGGACACUGAAGUCUAUAGUGUUGCGGAAUUGGACCAUGAGAUUGAGUCGAAGCCAAGGGGCACUGAGAGGAAAUCCUCUUCUAGUAAUCUUAGCUCCCAGAGCUCAAUGGGGCAUCGCAGUACAGUUUCUGAAGAUGGAGUCGAAGGAGGACUCAAGAGAACGGAAAGCUCCAUCUAUGGGAAGGGAGAUGAUGAUGCUGAUGAUGGAUGGAGGGGCCUUGCGGCCGCAAUGCGACCUGAUGCUCCUGCUACAGCAGAUGUAGAUUAUGUUAGCAUUGAUGCGGCCUGGUAUCCUCCUCCUCCGAAUCUUCCAGAUCAACAUCAACCAGAUAUUGAUCUGGAUGAUGAUGAUGGGGAAGACGAUGAUGAUGAUGAGGACCAUGAGGAGGGACGUUGGAGUAACACAAAUCCGGGAACUCCCAGACUUGCAGAUUUCCGAAGAGAUAAAACAGCGUUUGACGAACAUAGGAAAGCUAUGAGAGCUCAAGUUGACGGGCACUUCAGAGCUCUUGUUUCCCAAUUUUUGUAUCAAGAAUUUAUCGAUGUCGGGGAACCUGGAACUCCCGAUAGUUGGUUGGAGAUAGUGAGUUCUCUCUCUUGGCAGGCUGCCAGUUACGUCAAGCCAGACAAAGGUGGUGGUAUGGAUCCAGGAGGAUAUGUCAAGGUCAAGUGCAUCGCAUCUGGGAAGCCCAGUGACAGUGUUGUUGUGAAGGGGGUUGUCUUUCGGAAGAAUGUGGCUAACAGGCGGAUGUCAAUCAAGUUAUUUAAUCCAAGAGUGUUGUUGUUAGCCGGUGCCCUAGAGUACCAACGUGUUUCAAAUCAGCUGUCGUCUCUCGAUACUCUCCUCCAACAGGAGAAAGAUCAUCUGGACAUGACGGUGCAGAGGAUUGAGGCCCAUCAUCCAAAUGUGCUUUUGGUCGAGAAAACCGUUUCGCGGUAUGCUCAGGAGAUUCUCCUGAAUAAGAAGAUUGCGCUGGCCUUGAAUGUGAAAAAGUCUGUCCUUGAACGCAUCGGAAGAUGCAUAGGUGCUCAGGUUGCUACUCCUCCUGACAACCUCUUGAAGGUCAAGUUGGGCUAUUGUGAACAUUUCCACGUGGAAAAGUACACAGAAGAGCAUGGCAAUGCGGGACAGCAAGGCAAGCAGAAGCAUCUGAUGUUUUUUGAAAACUGUCCCAAGCCGCAAGGUUGCACGAUUCUUCUGAAAGGCGCUAGCGAAGAGGAGCUGAAGAAAGUGAAGACGGUGGUGAACCUUACGGUUUUCGCAGCCUAUCAUCUGGCCUUAGAAACUUCUUUUCUGGCUGAUGAAGGUGCAACUGUCCCUGACCUUCCAGCAAGAUCUCCAAUGAGCAUUUCGCGCUCAAAUAGUAAGCUUAAUGUUGAAAAGAGUGGUGCCGCAGUCCCAGGUUUUGUAAUGCCACCUCCUGUACGAACGCAUCCCCCAGAAACCCAAUUCCAUUCCAGAUCCAGUCAAGGAAUGAACCUUUCAGUUUCGCCCCUUCCAGUUAGAACAAGCAGCAUUGGUCCGCCGGUUCUUUACAACGCGUUCGAUAACGGAAACCCCACGACACCCGUACCCGUAUCUUUUUCUGCAUCUUCUUCAUGCGUUUCAUCUGCUACCAAUUCUCCAGGGACGAGCCCCAGUCAAACUACUUAUGGUUUUCAGUCCGCUAUGGCCAGAGGAGGAACAAGUGCCGGUUCUUCGAUCUCAAAUUACCAUUUUGCCAAUGGUGUCUAUCCGGGAGGACAAACAUGGCGAGGUGUAUCCGGUUUGUCUAUAUCCUUGGAAAGAGGUUCGGCAGAUGGCAUGGAUAAUGGUUUUCCAGGAUCCGAAGCGAAACGCUCUGACGUGAAAAAUCCCGGUGGGAACGUAGACCUUCCUGAGUCUGAUCAUGCCACAUCAAGAACGAAGGGAGAGAAAGGGACAAUGAACGAGGCUGGUGGUAACCUCUAUCACGGUGCUGGUGUACCUGACGAUGGUUUUAGAAAUCUGAGUGCAGAUGUUCAGGAUAAUUGGCAGAGUGAGAUGCUGAGUGCCGAAGACUUUCCUACUUCAGAUCAGCAAAAUAAGGCCAUCCUUGUCCAGCUGUCUACCAGUUUAAAGAAACGAAGUGUCUGCUCACCACCGCAUUUUGAGCGCAUACAGUUCUAUGGUUAUGGCGAUAAACCUCUUGGAAGCUUCCUCCGCGACUACCUUUUCGACUCGGCUCAAAAAUGUCAACAUUGCGAUGAACCGAGAAAUAAUCAUGUCUACUGUUACACCCACCAUCAGGGUAGUUUGACGAUAUCUGCCAAGAAAGCUGGAGAUAACAUUGUUUUGCCAGGAGAGCGCGAUGGGAAAAUAUGGAUGUGGCAUCGUUGCCUUAAGUGUCCUCUCGACGAUAAUGUUCCACCAGCAACACCGAGAGUUGUGAUGUCUGAUGCAGCUUGGGGUCUCUCUUUUGGAAAAUUUUUGGAGCUUAGCUUUUCAAAUCAUGAAGCAGCCAGCCGCGUUGCUGCUUGUGGACAUUCUCUUCAUCGACAUUUUCUUCGCUUUUAUGGGUUUGGAAGCAUGGUGGCUUGUUUUCAAUAUGCGGAAAUCAAACUCAAUUCAGUUUAUCUUCCUCCGCUUCAGUUGGAGUUUAACGGUCCACAACAAGAAUUGUGGCUCAAGAGGGAAGUUGACGAGGUGAGAGACAAGGCGGACGCCGAGUAUUAUGAGAUAAUGAAUAAACUGAGAGAGAUCGGAGAGAAGGUUGCAAGUUCAAGUUUAAGCUCAAAGAAUGUCGGCGGAUUACAAGAAGCUAGAAAGUUCGUUGCCUUGUAUCAGGAAAUGCUUGUGAAGGAAAGGACGGGGUUCAAGGAAAUGUUGGAAAGAGCAUGUCCCUCAACGCGGACUUCUGGGCAGCGCUAUGCAGAUAUUCUGCAAUUGAACUUCCUGAGGCGACAACUUUUGUUAAACCAUAGUGUCUGGGAGGGCCGUUUCGCUGGGUUACAAGCUCAUAUGAAUUCCAAGAAACGGUACACCGGUUCUAUUGACGAUGCAGGAAUACCUUUAACUUUUGGUAAGAAUGUUGAAGCUCAGGGAGCUGAAAGAGACUCGUCUGUCAGCGAUCCUAUUCCCAUCACUCCAAUAAAGACGAAUGACGCAGGAGCUAUCCCGAGAUCCAAUACGGGAUCGAAUAUACUGGAGGCAGCAUCCCCGGAGGAUGCUUACAACGACAAGGAUGAUCGUGAUCCAGUAAAACCUGAAGUGUUAGCUGACGCUAACGGUUUGGAUUUCAGGUUAGACAAGGAACACUCGACUCUGACCAAGGCGCAACCUGGAAACUCUGAUGCAAAUGUGCUCGGUGAUCAAGAUCGAACUUUAUUAGUCGGAGACUCGACGGCAGUAAUGAGGGAUUCUCCUGUUUCUGUUUCUGUUUCUAAUGAAGGUAGCUUACUCAAUGCUGAUGGUAGUGAGUACAACUUUGCAACCGUUAAAUCCAUGAGAAUGCCGGGAAUCGAUCUCGCCGAGCGGAGGGCACUCUCAGAAGGAAGCUAUCCUCUGCUUGCUGAUCUUUCAAGUAGCUUGAGCCCUUGGGCAGGGGAAGUUAUUGCCGACGAGAAACAGAAAUUGGAGUUGUCUAAAGACCAAGUUGAUGAUGGUGAGCAGACGACCGAAGUGGGAAGUGCAGAGGACUCUUAUCGUGAAUCCGACGUCCGUUAUAGUGCCUCGUCAGGUGUUAAUACACAGGAACCUGGUUCACCUAAGAAUCUGGACUUGCUGACCCACCUUCCUGGGUCUACAACUCCCGAGAAAGUUGCAACGAUCGAUGCUCAUCCAAGUGUUCCCACAUCUCCAGUGCGGGCCUUGACGAAGCCUGAGGAGUCGGCAGAUGAGACCACCAUCAAGACCUUCAGUCGAACGUCUUCCAACAUUUCCACUACUUCUGAUGUUUCACGAAUCCCUUCACAGGGUGCUUUACUGUUGGACGGAGAUCCACGAGUGCUUUUGCCAGUAGGGCAUGACGAUGUGGUCGUCGCAGUCUAUGAUGAAGAGGCAACCAGUCUUAUCGCCUACGCGAUCUCCACGAAAGAGCACUAUGCGCAUGUAACCGACAAUGUUGUUGAGAGGGAGAAGGCUAAAGAAAUGGCAGAGAGGGAUUUACUUGAACGUCAAGGUUCAGAACAGAUGGCCCAUCCUUUGCAGCCAACUGGUGGUGCUGCCGACACUGAUUCCUUCAAAGCAAAUGCGAGCUUCUUUGAGCAGGCAGUAGCUAAGCUGGAGGAAAUCGAGAAUCCAUUGACAUCGACCAAAUCUUCUCAAAUGGCGAAGAAAACAAUAAAUUUCGGAGAGGACACGCCUCAAGGAAAGGUGAAGUUUUCGGUAGUAUGCUAUUUCGCGAAGCAGUUCGACUACCUGAGGAAGAGAUGCUGCAAUGGAAAUACCGAGUAUGUUCGUUCUCUUAGCCGUUGUAAGAAAUGGGGAGCUCAAGGAGGCAAAAGUAAUGUUUUCUUUGCGAAAACAGCUGAUGAUAGGUUCGUUGUUAAACAAGUUACACGAACAGAGCUGAACUCCUUCUUGGACUUCGCACCAGCUUACUUCAAGUACAUGCGCGAGGCUCUCGACACUGGAAAUCCGACGUGUCUCGCCAAGAUCCUGGGUGUCUACGAGGUGAAAGUGACCAGGGGUAGUAGGGAAACGAAGAUGGAUGUGAUUGUCAUGGAGAACCUUUUAUUCGGGAGGAAAAUUUCUCGCCUAUAUGAUCUCAAGGGCUCCAAACGCUCGAGAUACAACACGGAUAAAAGUGGAACGAACCAAGUGUUACUGGAUUCGAAUCUCUUGGAAGCCAUGCCAACUUCUCCAAUUUUUGUCGGAAGCAAAGCGAAGAGACUUUUGGAGCGUGCAGUUUGGAACGACACUCAUUUCCUUUCGCUUGUCUUUGUCAUGGACUAUUCAUUACUGGUCGGCGUGGACGAGGAGCGCAAAGAGCUGGUUGUCGGCAUAAUAGAUUUUAUGAGGCAAUAUACGUGGGAUAAGCAUCUGGAGACUUGGGUAAAAGCAUCAGGUAUCCUCGGAGGGCCGAAGGAUGCAGCGCCAACUGUUAUUUCACCGAAACAAUACAAGAAGCGGUUUCGAAAGGCUAUGUCCACGUACUUUUUAAUGGUUCCUGAUGUAUGGGUCCCCGCCCAGUCGACCAUGCUUCCUUUGGGCGAUGGUGACGAGAAAGGUGGUACUGCAAGGGACGACGAUGGUGGAGAAGAUUCUGUUACUCCGAGAGCAUAACUGCAGUGAUUGAGGGUUUCCACCAUGUAUAUUCAAAUUUUGCAGAGGCGAAUGUUAUGGGCACCGUGCCUGCCACUCACUUUCACCAAAUUUAUGCAAGAGAUGAAAGGCGACAAAUAGAACAACGUCAUCUCUCUCCGGGGCAUUCCCUCUCUUUAUUCUCACGUAGGACUUAGUUGGCUUCUGGCAGCUAUAAGUGGCCGCCCAAUUUCUUUUCAUAUAUUGUGGAUAAAUUGUGUAUUGUGUUGAUAGAGUAUAAAAUUCUUACUUUCUACACGUACAUCAAGAGAGUUGAUUCUUAGCUCCAAUAGGAUUUAGGGGCUAAUAAUAUCUCUCAGGUUGAAGUGAUUUGCAUAUCUGCAUGGCCUUACCUCAACCCUCUUGAUGGAUAUGGAUUGUUACACGAUGAAAUUUUGGAGUAAAUACUUUCCCGAAUAUUAGUCCCU